AAAAUGCGUGGUCGCUGUUCUGCACUUUGUCUCUCAGUUUCCCCCAAAAAACGAGAGGGAGAAUACAGAGCAGAAGAGCCUCCUGAGCGCAGGCAGGAGCAUUCAUGGAUGUCGGAUUCUUGGGUCUAAGAAUCAUGGGCAAGGCAAUGGCCCUCAAUCUCCUUCGCAGUGGAUUCCGAGUUACUGUCUGGAACAGGACUCUCUCCAAGUGUCAAGGUCUUGUUGAACUUGGGGCCUCUAUGGGAGAAACUCCAGCUGCUGUUGUCAGCAAGUCGAAGUACACCAUUGCUAUGCUGGCUGAUCCAAUUGCUGCUCUCUCGGUUGUAUUUGAAAAAGGUGGAGUCCUUGAACAAAUUUGUGAAGGAAAAGGUUACAUUGACAUGUCUACUGUUGAUGCUGAUACUUCAUUAAAGAUUAAUGAGGCUAUUACUAAUAAGGGUGGAAAGUUUCUUGAAGCGCCAGUUUCUGGCAGCAAAAAGCCGGCUGAAGAUGGUCAGUUAAUUAUACUUGCUGCUGGUGAGAAGGAAUUAUAUGAUGCUGCAAUUCCUGCGUUUGAUGUCUUAGGAAAGAAAUCAUUCUUUCUUGGAUCAGUUGGAAAUGGAGCAAACAUGAAACUUGUGGUCAAUAUGGUCAUGGGAAGUAUGAUGAACGCAUUAUCCGAAGGACUUUCCUUGGCGGGCUCGAGUGGAUUGAGUCAGCAGACAUUUCUUGAUAUAUUGGACCUUGGUGCCAUUGCUAAUCCAAUGUUUAAGCUGAAGGGUCCUGCCAUGAUCCAAAGCAGUUAUCCACCUGCCUUUCCUCUCAAGCACCAACAGAAGGAUAUGAGGUUAGCUCUUGCUUUGGGUGAUGAAAAUGCAGUCUCUAUGCCAGUUGCUGCUGCUGCUAAUGAGGCUUUUAAGAAGGCCAGGAGCCUUGGCCUGGGGGACCUUGAUUUCUCUGCAGUGCAUGAGAUUGUGAAAGUGGCAGGGAGUUCAGGUGAGGCCAAGUGAUUUCUUAGUAAAUUAUAUGAAUUGAAUGGCAUCAUUUUUUUGUGCUUCCCUUUUUUCCUAUGCUGCACUUGAAAUACAUUUUGUCAUCAAACCUUUUUUUUUUUUUCCAAAUGUUUUGGAAUACAAAUGAUUGAAUUGGAGUUCUCAAAUUGUUGGUAGAUUUUGGAGCUUUUGAUUGCCCAAUCUUCAUGUA